GCUGCUCAUGCGCAGAGACGGAAGAUGGCGGCGGCACUGUGCAGAGGGGUCUGUCGGCUGGUAGUACCCAGAUACCAAUGUCACCCUGCGCUUUUCAGGGACUAUAGCGCCGGGCCGUCAUAUCAGUACAUUCUGGUGGAGCACAGAGGGCAGAGCCAUAGUAUUGGCUUCAUACAACUGAACCGACCGAAAGCACUGAAUGCCCUAUGUGACGGGCUGAUGACGGAGAUCCGCCGAGCUCUUGACUCUUUCGAAGAGAAUCCUCAGAUUGGGGCCAUUGUGAUCACCGGGAGUGAGAAAGCCUUCGCUGCUGGCGCAGACAUAAAGGAGAUGCAGAGCCGGACCUUCCAGCAGUGCUAUGCGGGCAGCUUCCUGGCCCAGUGGGACCGAGUCUCCACUAUGAAGAAGCCGGUCAUUGCAGCUGUCAAUGGCUUUGCCCUUGGAGGAGGCUGCGAACUUGCUAUGAUGUGUGACAUCAUCUACGCUGGAGAGAAGGCGCAGUUUGGGCAACCAGAGAUCCUGCUUGGAACCAUUCCAGGAGCUGGUGGUACCCAACGACUGACGAGAGCCGUCGGGAAAUCCUUGGCGAUGGAAAUGAUCCUUACUGGUGACCGCAUCAGCGCCCAAGAGGCCAAGGAAGCGGGACUUGUCAGCAAAGUCUACCCAGUGGACAGAGUCGUGGACGAAGCCAUCCUGUGUGGGGAGAAAAUAGCCCAAAACUCCAAACUCAUUGUGUCUAUGGCGAAAGAAGCUGUAAAUGGAGCAUUUGAAUUAUCUUUGUCGCAGGGCAACAGACUUGAAAAGCGACUUUUCCACUCUACAUUUGCUACUGAUGACCGUAAAGAAGGAAUGGGCGCUUUUGUAGAAAAGAGGAAGGCAAACUUUAAAGACCAAUAGAAUCUGACCGCUGGACCGCGCGCAAAUUUAGUUAUAAUAAUCCUCCAGAUGCACAAAUGCUCCGUAGCGAUAAUCUGCCAGUGUGAAGGUGCCGCUGAUUGCCCAAUGAAUGAGCAAAAUGCUUGUUCACGGGGUAAUAGCAUGGUUCAUGUGGACACCUAAGUAGUUGUUUGCUGGCAGCAGAUCGUGCUAUUCUGUACAUGUGAAUGCACCUUAAAGGGGCUUUUA